CAGUCUGGAACACGCACUGAAUGAUCCUCUUUAACUGCUGGACAGUGACGUUCUUCAUCCCAUCGUCACAGACGCACAGGCGGAUGAGCUUUUCCUCUCCGGAGGGGGAAUUCACUCUCAGCUGGAAUGACAUGAUGCAGCUCCGCGGUGCCGUGAGGACUCUGAGGACUCUGAGGACUCUGAGGACUGUAUGUGGACUCUGAGGACUCUGAGGACUGUGUCUGGACUCUCUGGACUCUCUGACUGUCUCCUUCUCUCCUGAAUCCUCAGGCUGCACAUACAGCAGCGCUCCUACGAACCACGUGACUUCGGGGAAACGACCGCUGAAAGAGCAGAAACCUGCGCAGCUGCUCCACAUUUGGACGGAGUUCGUGCAGCUCAGAUGGGAAACAGCUCCGAGAAGUGUUACGACCCGCAGGACCGCACGCUGACAUUCGUAGCCGGGGAAGAUGAAAUGGACUUUCUGUGUGUCGGCUUCACGUCUCUCCGAGCGAAGAUGUCCUGCGGACACGCCGUCACUCCGAUGUCUCUGACCGAACACUGCCGCAGGCUGCUGGACCAGAGGCAGAGCAGGUUUGUGUGUGGUGUGUGUGAUGCUGAUUGGUCCUUCCAGGAGGUUCGUAAAAUGGCUCUUCUGACUCCUGAAGAAGUGAAAGAAUUUGAAGAGAAGAAGUUGCGUAAUGCUGCCAAACGUUCCCUCAGUAUCAGAGAAGGCUCUUUGGAAAUAUUACAGACCUGUCCAGAAGUCGUCCUCGACAGCGUGAAGGACGCAGAAGGUCCCUUAAAAUGUCCGUCCACCCGAGCCUGUCCCACCUGUGGUUUGCUGCUUCGACAUGAUGGAACCAGGUGUAAAAACGUUGGCUGCACGCAGUGUAAAGUGCAGUUUUGUUUUGUGUGUCUGAGGAUCACCACAGAGUGCCAGAAACUGAACCCGGAGUCCUGGUUCAGAGUUUGUUCCACUGGUGUCGCACCCAGACAGACCUCCAUACCUGCGUGGCAGCGCAGGUAAAUGUGUUGAUCCAGGAACCUGAGACACACCUGGUCAUGCUGUCUGUCAUGAGGCCAGUCACUGUUAUCACUCAGACAGAUAUUCAGCUCUGCUGGGAUCUUAUUUUGUCUUUAUUGGCACAACAUGAGAUUUAUUUCCAGGAUGGGAAGUUUUCCUGCUUCCUCUCAGAAUCAGUUUGACUUCAGCAUGUUUUCUCACUGUGACUUUGAUCCCUGUUGUGUCUUUUUCUCAUUUCCUUGUUCAGUCAGACGUUUAUUGAUCAUCUGUUUCCUGAUAUUUCUUCCCUGUUCAAUAAAAAAAUAAAUACACAGA